CGCAAAGAGGAAAAAAAAAAGUCUGAUCGCGCGUCGCGCCCCCAAGUCUCACCGUCUCGACGUGUCACUCCGGGAAUUGAACUUUUUCUCUUCCUGCUGCCUCACCUUGUCACGACAACCCACAAUAUCAAGUUUCUCUCUCUAUAGACAGCUCACACAAUGGCCCACAACCUCGGCGUUAUUAGUGUCGUAUUGCUCGAUAUCGAAGGAACCGUUUGUCCCAUAUCCUUCGUCAAAGAUGUGCUGUACCCGUAUGCCGUCGAUGCCCUUCCGGCUACCCUAGACAAGCAGUGGGACAAUCCCGAGUUUGCAGUCUACCGUAAUGCGUUCCCUGAGGACUGCGUGUCCGAUCGAUCAGUCUUCGAGGCGCACUUCCGCGACCUUGUCAAACGCGAUGUCAAGGCAUCGUACCUCAAGGCCCUCCAGGGCUACCUCUGGAAAGAGGGCUACAAGUCAGGUGAAAUUAAGGCGCCUCUCUUUCCGGAUGUCGCUGAACGUCUUUUGUCCUGGAAGGACGCCGGCCUACGCCUCGUCAUCUACUCCUCUGGCUCUGUUCCCGCCCAGAAGCUCUUCUUUGGCUACACAGAUGCUCAGCCGGCGGACUUGACGCCCCUCAUCUCGGGCUGGUUCGACACGGUCAACGCCGGCCUCAAGACUGAGCCCGGCAGUUAUGCCUCCAUCCUAUCAAGCUUUGCCGACACCAAGCCUGAGGAAUGGCUCUUCCUCAGUGACAACCCCAACGAAGUCACAGCCGCAAUCAAGGCCGGAAUGCACAGCAUUCCCGUCGUCCGCCCCGGCAACGCUCCACUCCCGGAUGACCUGAGCCCAACGUUGCAGCCGAUCAGAGACUUCAACGAACUCAAGGGCCUUGGAUCAAAACACUGAUACGCGACUAAUUUGACUUGCGGGGUACCCGACGACGAAUGUUCCUCCUAGACUUUGGUAGCGCUAUUGGAGACAAACCGGCAUGGAAACGCCUCGAAUACAGUCUGCAUCCGGUGAACACCAUCUUCAGCUUUCCCAUC